AUGGCACGCAUUCCCCCCAGCAAACACGCACCCAUCAUCAUUAUUGGAGCGGGAAUCUUCGGUCUCAGCACAGCAAUUCAUCUCGCACGCCGAGGCUACAAAAGUGUCACCAUCUUCGACAAGCAGCCGUACGACACCACGCUCUACUCAUAUCUGAACGGCUGCGAUGCGGCUUCUGCCGACAUCAACAAAAUCAUUCGCUCAGCGUACGGCAGCCAGGUAGAAUACCAAGAGCUGACCUUUGAGGCCAUCGAGGAGUGGAAACAGUGGAACGACGAGCUUGCCAGGGGUGUGGACCUGCCGCCAGGCCUGUCGACCGAAGACCGAGUGUUCUAUAACACCGGAAACUUGAACAUGGUAGACGGGAAUGAGCUUCCCGAAUUCGAACUGGCGACCAUACGGUCAAUGGAGGAGUUCGGGCACAAAGACACGCAACUCAUCACCACUGACCCGCGCUGCAUCGCUAUCGCGCAAGCGAGGGGCCUGGCAGCCGCGAUGGAUCCGUUUGAGCGGGCGAGACGAGGAAAGUCCAAUACCGGAGUCCUGGAUUCAACCGGCGGCGUCGCCGUCGCGGACAAGGCAUGCAGAGUCGCGCUGCACAAAUCCCGCAGGUACGGCGCACGAUCUAUUUUUGGCCCGAGGAAAGGCGAAUUCGCCGGCUUCGUGACGGCUGCGACUGGGGACGUGACUGGCAUCGUCACGAAGGAUGGGAAAGAGCACCCUGCUGCCCUCGUCAUCAUGGCCUGUGGCGGCUGGACGCCGGGUCUCGUCCCGGAACUGGAUGGUCUCUGUGAAGCGACCGCCGGCUCAGUCGUGCUGUUCAAGAUACCGCGAGAGUCGAAGCUGUGGGACCGCUUCGCGCCUGACAGGUUUCCGACGUGGUUGUACAAAAUGCGCGACGGCGCCGAGGGAGGGCUGUACGGCUUCGCACGCGAUGAGCGGGGUUACUUGAAGAUCGGAUAUCGAGGCACCAAGUACACCAACCCGACUACUCAGCAUGAUGGGAGGGAUAGGAGCACUCCAAUCACGAGGUGGAGCGAGGGUGAUAAGCUCACCCAGAUACCCAAGCAGGCCAUGAAAGUCAUCCGCGACUUCGUGGACGAGUACCUGCCGGACUUGGCAGAGGAAGGUAUCAAAGUGGCGACGACGCGCGUGUGCUGGUAUACGGAUUCGUUUGACAACCACCUUGUCAUAGACUACGUUCCCGGCCAGAAGAAUUUGAUGGUUGCUACGGGCGGCAGUGGGCAUGCGUUCAAGUAUCUACCUGUCAUCGGCAACUGGGUCGUUGAUAUCAUCGAGAAUACUGGGAUGGAGAGACCUCAGGUAAAAGCUUGGAAAUGGAGAACUCUUGGAGAACAGAAGCCAGUGAACAUACUGAUGGAAGGUAAGCAAGGAGCGAGAGCUCUGGGGAACGUGCCCUUGACUAGCGAUGCGGAUCUGAACGGAACGGCCACAGCGAGACUAUGA